AAAUUGCUUUUCCUGGCUUUCACAGGUCUAUGGUCCGUUGUUUGUCGUGUCUCAUAUUGGUUUCUACCUUGUUGCUGCAAAUUGCGGACACAGUAGCCUCGCUUACUAGUGAGGUAGUUUUUAUUUGAAAUGAGACCAAAUGUGAGACACACACAAGACUACCCACUAAAAAACAAAUACCGCCCGAAUGUCUAUCCCCGCAUAUAAUUGACAGAAGAUCAACAAAAUGCCUCGCGGUGCAGCGAAAACGGCUGCUACUUGCAUUUUGCCGGAGAGUGCGCCCUUGAAGGACCAGGCAUGGGACUGUCCGGACGCGGCGAAAUUCGAAGCAGACGUCAAGAAGGCUCGGGAGAAAGCCGAGAGAGGUACCAGUGAAACACGUCGAUAAUUGCGCUUUGACUUUUAGGUCGUUGUGCUACUCUCGCUCGACGCGAGCAGGCGGGAUGAGGAUUUGCAUGUUCUUUUUGGAUUGUCGCUACAGAUACUUGUACUUUUCCUCUUCGUCUUUGUCCUCAGCUGAUGUAUUUCCGCCCCUAAUAUUAGCAUGGAAACAAUAUUAACAAUCACAGGUGAUCCCAGCCUCGGGCGUCCCUCAGCGACGCACUGCGGUGAAUGGCAAAAGCACCUGGAGGCAAUGGCAAGCAUGCUGCAAGACACCCGGCGGCUGGUGAGAAGAAAGAUAGACCUGAUCCCCAGCGGGAAUCCCAAGGCGCUGGUAUUACAGUGAAAAAUGCCCCCACCCCCAAAGUUGCAAAAAUUUGUGAUGCGAAGUUUCCAAAUGAAAACUUUUGGCAUGAAUGAAAGGAGUAUGAAUCUUUCUGAUGCAGAGUCUCGGCGUGUAUCGCAUCGCUUGCAUGACAAGCGCCGCUCUUGCUUGGGUCUUUUGCAAUACAAAUUUUUGCCAUUCACGAUUGGAAACCUGUGAUGCUGAUAGAUGCAAGAGGGCGAAUGUUUCAUUUGGAAAGGUUUGCAAUACAAAUGCUCCCAAGCUCGGGGGUGGGGGCAUUUUUCAUUGUAAUAGCUGGCUGAGCAGACGAAGUCGGCGCAACUGGUCGGGGGGUCCUCGAUCGGAUUGGCCCUGGCCUUUCUGGCGAUGGACGAGCGAGACGAGAGGGCACGAGAGGGAAGUGCCCGUACCACGCCGGACGGGGAGAAGUCCAGAGAUUGUCGGGAGGGCUCUAAUACCGUAGGUAUCCGCGAGAGAUCGGCGAAGAAACCGCUGUGUCUGCAGCUGAGCGGUAAAAGAAAGGCGGUGAAGACGACUGGUUCUGACAGAAAAGAAACCACCAGCAGGCACAACAGCAGAUGUCAGCAGGACAAGGUAAUAUUAAGGGAAAGAGCUCCUGCAAGAACCUCAAGGAGAGAUGCCGCAGCAAGAACAGAAUCAAGUAGACACGAUGUUGGAAUCAUGCCAGUAGUGCUAGAAAAGUCAAUGACAUCUUGUUUGGUGGCAGAAAGAGAAAAUCCACAAUCAGGAUCACAGCUGCCAGGGCCAAAAAAUACACCACCUGGGUCCGCUGCUGAAUUCUUAUGAAGAAAGUCUGGUGACACCGCAACUCCAAUUGCUUCCUUUUUAGCAUGUAGAUGUAAAUCAUUUGUGGCUGCAGUCAUACAUGUCAUCGAAACGGUGCACAUUUCCACGACGAAAGCUGGUGUUGUAUGCAUGUAAUUGAUUCAUCCUGAU